CCUGUCGGACCGGCAUGGCAAUAGAUUUCACGGUUCGCGCUUAAUUGUCAAGAGUCAGACAGAAGAAGGGACUAGGCCACUAGGGAGAGAAAACUGCGAAAUAUUUAGAUUUUAGAACAUUCUUUAGUGUGAUGUGUGAUCGUUGUCGUUGAUUUUCGUCGUGUACGUGUCGUGGUUUUCACUGAACGUGUUCUCUUAACCAUUAUCUUCAACAAUCAACAUGCCUCAGCCGAAAUGGUACCACAAAUCUCUGGCAGAAUUGUGUAUGGACAGUAUCGUCGAUAACAUGGAGAAAUGGACGGCAUCGCGUAGUUCGGAGCACGUUUUCUGUCAUUUUUAUUUACUGCCUUCACAUUGUCUGGAGUACAUGACUGAAUGUCUCUUGAAAGACUACUCGAUAACAGAGGACAUGUUUGAUUUACUUUUUAAAAGCCCACACAUGAAAGUUCUGGAUUUAUCACAACUGGGCACUGGACGUGAUGCAGAAAGAAAUCUUCGCAUCGUUCGUCUGGCAUCUGACAGAUGUUUGCAACUCACUACACUGAAGAUUCAUGAUGGCUAUGGUUUUUUUUGCAAUGGAAAGAGUAAUUUUGAAGUAGAAGAGGCUUUUGCUUCUAUUUUGCAGCGUUUUGAACACUUGCAAAUUCUUGAUUUAUCUUCCACAAUUUAUGGUGCAUGUUGCAUGCUCAAACUUGGAUCAACUUGUAAACCAAAAAUAAGGGAGUUGCUAGUUAAUCGCUGCCCUGGUGUAACUGAUUCUGUAGUUGAAGUUUGUUGCAACGGUCAAAGUUCCCUUCAGAAAUUAUCAGUUUAUGGAACGGAAGUGACUCAUAUCGGAAUUCGAUUUGCUAUCGAACAUUUACCAGAGCUGAAAGAAUUAAAUUGCGACGAUGAUUCUGAUAUCCUAAGAGCUUUUCGUAGAAUUCGUAAUGAUAACAGAGAAUCAAAAAAAUAUUCCUUGACCAAGUUGUUAAUGGCUAUGCCAAACAAAGUACCCUAUAAACCCUAUAAAAAAGGAAGCGUUUCAUUGAUGGUUGACAUGUGUCCGUCGCUUGUUGAAGUUGAUGUUAUGAUACAUGUAAACGACGAAGGAUUUACGGAUGAGGAGUUAUUAGGUUUUCGAAAGCUUCAACAACUAAAAAAUCUCGAAAUUUUGAUAACCUUCAUGUCGUCAGUCUCUAUUCGUGGCGGAGUAAUUCCUCUUCUACAAGCUCGUGGCCUUACACUUGAAGAUUUAUAUUUAUCGGUGGAAGUAACGAGUGAAGAAGUCUAUCUCAUCAUCCAAUGCUGUCCGAACAUACGCCGUUUGUUCCUUUCUUUAGAAAGUACCGAUCUGGAUACUCCCGAACCGGUGGUAGGUGAUGGCGUCCACUCUUCUCUUUGUACCCCAAAGGAAGUAAUUCCGUUAAGGAUGUUGGAAGUCAUCUCUCUCUCCUCUGAUACACCCAACGAUAUCUUCGUUAUUUCACGCAAACUCUUACUUUUGCUUUUAUCUUCCCUUACUAUUACAGAGAUAGCCAUAGACGAUUGUUUCACUCUUGAUGACCAGAUCAUCGAGGAAGCUUGCGCUAGAAACAGUUUCAAGUAUUUGACCAAGUUAAACUUUUACGGUUGUUCUAAUGUGAGCCAGAAAGGCAUCGAUUUCUUUCUGAACGAAACGAAUCCUUUGGGCGACAUUUGUGUACACAACUGUGGAAAUGUGAACCUUAAGCGUAUGAGAACCAUGGCUCAAGAGAAGCAUUGGAAUCAGGUAAAAAUAACUGUUUAAGAUCAGAGGUGAUUUCAGUGAGACAAAUUAUGCGAUCCAAUGUAUUUUAAGUUUCGUUUUCUAUUCGAACACUUUCUUUAUGUUUAUGUGCUUUCACAAAAUGCCCACUUAAAAGGAAAAAGAAUAUUGUUUUGAUCAAAAUUC